AUGGCUCAAUCGCUUCAGUCGACUUACAAGCUCGUCUCGGGCUACGAGAUCCCCGUUGUUGGAUUCGGCGUUUACCAAACACCCUCCGAUGUCACCGAGAAGGUGACCCUUAAGGCCCUUGAGCUGGGUUACCGUCAUGUCGACAGCGCCAAGGUCUACGGAAACGAGCAGCAGAGCGCCGCAGCCAUUCGCAAGUCUGGCCUUGACCGGUCGCAGAUCUUCUAUACCAGCAAGGUCCCCAAGUCAUAUAUGGGAUACGAGCAGGCCAAGAAGGCCAUCGAAGAGAGCAUUGCGGCGGCCAAUCUCGGCUAUAUUGACCUCAUGUUAAUCCACGCUCCCUAUGGCGGCAAGGAGGCCCGCUUGGGCACCUGGAAGGCGCUCGUCGAAGCCCAGAAGGCCGGAAAGAUUCGCUCGCUGGGUGUGUCCAACUUUGGCAUUAAGCAACUCGAGGAGCUGGAGGAGUACAUCAAGAACGGAGGUGGCGGUCAGAUCGCCGUCGGUCAGUACGAGAUCCACCCCUGGUGCCCCCGCGAGGAUAUUGCCGAGUGGUUGCGCUCGCGCAACAUCAUUGUUGAGGCCUACUCGCCUCUUGUGCAGGCGACCCGUAUGAAGGAGCCGGUUCUGCAGACUCUUGCCAAGAAGCACGGCAAGACCCCGGCUCAGAUCCUGGUCCGCUGGAGCUUGCAGAAGGGAUACGUGCCCCUGCCCAAGUCGGUGACUGACUCCCGCAUCCUGGAGAACUCGCAGGUGUUCGAUUUCAAGUUGUCGGAUGAGGACAUGGCUAGCCUGAAGCUCAACGAAUAUGCGCCCGUGUGCUGGGACCCGGUUCGGGACUGCAAGAUCUAA